AUGCGAGAACGCCUCUUCCUCCUUUACGCGCUAAUAUUUCAGUACGUGCUAAUAUCUCGGCUCCGAUUCUCUCGUCAUCACGCCCGCACUGUCGAGAGCAGAGGCGGCAGUUUUCGCUCCUGCGCCGGGUGCGUUGCCGAGCGACUGAAGCGCGCACGACCCUUUCUCGUGCCUGUUGCGCCCGGGCGUCGCGGUCGCGCCGGGAGUCGCUGGCCCCGCCAGCAGGCCACGCGCGCCCCUCAGCGCGCGCGCGCUAGUAGGCCCCGCCGUCCCUCCCGCCCCUCUCCCCCAAUGGCGCAACCGGCGGCAGUGGAUUUCGCCCUUCCUCCGCCCGCGGACCCCCUCGCCGCCGCCCCGCGCGCGACUCACCGCGGGCGGGCGUCCGCUCGGCGGCGCGCGCAGCGCAAGCUGGCGUCGUGCCUGGACCGCCUGGGCGCGUGGAGCCCGUUCGGGCAGGCGGACGGCGCGCACGCGGAAGGCGUUGUAGGGCCGGCGCGCGGAAAUUCCACCGCGGCGGCGGCGGAGAGGGCCAUGGAUGAGCGCGAUGAGGCCGGGCGGGGGGGAGGGGAGGGGGUGGAGGGGGCGGAUUGGACAGAGGAAACAGAGGACGGGGGCGCGGCGGGGCGGGGAGCGAGCAGUUGUGAAGAGGUGCGCGCGGCGCAACCGUUACAGGUGCACGGGAAGGCGUGGCGCUGCGCCGCCACCUUUAGCGCCCCGCCCCACGCCCACGCCACUGCCGCAGUAGCCUUAGCAGCAAUAGCUCCCUCCCCCUUCGCCAAAGCUGAGAGGCUUGGGACGGCGGAGCUUGCCAAGCCGGAGCAUGAGGCUCGGUUGGGGUUCCGAGGCAGAGGCGUGCGCGUGUCAGGGUGGUCCGGGGGCAGCUCGGAUGAAAGCUGGCACGCAUUGGAGCAGCAGGCAGCCCGGCGAGCAGUGCGGCCGGGCAGUGGGGGAGGGAGGCACGGCCAUGCAAAUGGGCUUGCAAGUGCACGUGGGCCUGGGGUUGGGGGUGGGGGUGGGGUUGGGGGUGCGCGUGGUGGUGCUCGCGACGGCUGCUGGGCGCACAGCAGUGGCAGCAGGCGCGUGGAAUUCGGCACUCUCGCAGGCGAUAGUCGUGAGACAGGCGAGACAGGUGAGGCAGGCAUCGGUGGGGCAGUGGGUGGCGAGGCGUGGGUGCGUGGCAGCGGCAGCAGCGAUGGCAACGGUGUUUAUGGUGUCGAUAGAGGCAUUGGCGCGGGCAGCAACGCAGGCACCAUGGGGCCGCCAAAGGUCAGGCGCAGUGGGGUGGUGGGAAGGCGGCGGUCGCUGUCCACGCGGGCUGAGGCGCGGAGGCGAGGCGAGGGCGCGGAGGGCAAUGGUGGGGAGAUGGGGCAUGGGGGAGGAGAGCGGGGUGCGCCACAUGGGGAGUGCGAGGAGCUAGGAGACGGGUGGAGGGAGGGAGGGGGCGGGGAUGAGGCAGCGGAGGCAGGGGGAGGGAGUGGGGCCGGGGCAGGAGCGGGUGCUGUGUUUGCUGCUCGUGGCGCUCCUUCUGCUGACGUGGGCGGUACAGUUGGUGAGGGAAGCAGCUUGGAAGCUUCUAGAUGGAGGAGGAGGCGGGUGAGGCGGCACAGAGUGGGGGUGGUAGGCGAGGGAGCAGGUGGGCUGCAAGAAGGAGGAGGAGGUGAGGGGGGUGGGGGGGGUGGGGGGGAUGGGGGGGUUGCGGAGGUGGGUAGUGGCAGCAGCGGCAAGGGGCAUGGCACAGCAGAGGGGAAGGACGGGGGGUGGGAGAGUGAGGGGGCAGGCGCGAUGCUGGUGGGAGCGGCGGGGGCAAAGCAGGUGUGUGGGCGGAAGCGGGCAGGGCGGGAGGUGUUUCAGGGGGACGGGGGGAGCGACAGCAGCGAUUACCAUGCAGAGGUGGAGGAAGAGGGGGAGGGGGAGGAGGAGGACGAGGAGGAGCGUGAGGAGGAAGGCGAGGAGGAGAGGCGCACGCCUGGUGCUGGUGGUGGUGCUGGUGGUGGUGGGUGGGAGGCAGGCAGAGCGGGGAGAGAGUGGGGAGCGGACCUGAUGCUCAUGCUCAUGCCGGAGGAGGCAGGUGGGGGGGCGGAGUGGGCGGGGUGCAGAAUGGCUCUUCGGAAGAGGCGGCGCUGCAGCGUGCAUGCAGCGCAAGGCAGACUGGGAGCAGCAGUGGGGGGGCACACCAGCGACCCUGCUGCAAUGCCCUGCGAGAGCAGUGACCCGGCAGCAGCAGCAGCAGCAGAAGCAGCAGCAUGCGACACCUCCUGUGCCUCCGACCCCCUUGCUCCCUCUGUUUCUCUUUCCGCGUCCGCCAGUGUUGCUGUGCUGUCAGACCGGCCUGCCGUGCCGCCCUCCCCCUCCCUCUCUGACCGCGACCGUCUCUCUGACGCCCAUCCACUCUCCGAGCUCGGCAGGAGCUCUGAUGCCGGAAGGCACUCCCCCGUACCGCACUUAACCUCACCUACUGCUCCUGCUGCCACUGCCGCUGCCUCUCCUGCCGCAUUCAAGGGCGGCAGCAGUGGGAGCAGCGGACGGCAGGCGGGCGGCGGGAAGCACGUGAGCCGGGCGAGUGGCGAGCUGUAUUACGGCCACUCGCGCCCUGCCAGCUCGUCCCGCCCCACACGGCAGCAGCACGGGCCACGCGGGGCUGUGAGGCCGGCACGGCAGCAGCGGGUGGAGGCGGGGCGCAGCAGCAGCCGGCGCUGCAGUGCUGCUGCCAGGGGGUCGCAGGGGGGUGCGGGCAAGUGUGGUGGGCGCAUGGGGAAAGGUGCGGGUAUGGAUGGGUGGAGGCAGAGGGGGAGUGUGGAGGAGGGGUGGGAGGAGGGCGGGCAUGUGGCAGUGGUGCCUGGGGGAGGGGGGUAUGUGAGCAGCAGCAGCACGGGGCUUGACCUGCCGCAAGGGCCACGAGAGAGCUUCCCCUUCCCCUGCCUCAAUUGCACCCUCUCCCCGCCUUCCCCUGCGCCAUGCCUCGCCAUUGCCCGCUGCUGCAUACCCCCCAGGCGAGGGGCAGCAGCGCUGAGCACGCCGAGGAGCAUAGUGGAGGGGGAGGCGCUGCCGCUGGGCAGGGAGUGGGCGAGAGGGGGGGCGUGGGCGAGGGAGGGGCAGUGGGAGCAGGAGCAGGGGCGCGUGGGGGAGGAGAGGCGCAGCGGGCGGGUGGGGAGCGAGGGGCAGAGCGGAGGGGACUCUGGGUAUGGCAGUGACGUGGGGUAUGGUGGGGAUGGGGAGCUGGGGAGUGAUGUGUGGGGCGGGGAGGAGGAUGAGGAGGAUGAGGAGGAUGAGGAGGAUGAGCAGUCUGGCAUGGCAGUUGCGUCAGCAGUGGUGCAUUCUACUGUGCAUGCUGCUCUGCAUAUGGCUGUGCAGACCGGCACACAUACAGUACUGGCACACAGGCUGGGGUGUUGA